GACUUUGAAACCAAUGAGGAGCUGAAGUUCAGAGUGAUCGGCUUUCUGGAGGAGGUCAUUCACGAUCCCGAGCUCCUGACCCAGGAGAGGAAAGCGGCCGCCAACAUCAUAAGGACCUUGACGCAGGAGGAUCCAGGCGACAAUCAGAUAACCCUGGAGGAGGUCGUACAGAUGGCUGAAGGAGUCAAAGCAGAACCUUUUGAAAACCACUCGGCCCUGGAAAUCGCAGAACAGCUGACGCUGCUGGAUCACCUGGUCUUCAAGAAGAUCCCAUAUGAAGAGUUCUUCGGGCAAGGUUGGAUGAAGCUUGAGAAGAACGAAAGGACUCCUUACAUCAUGAAGAACACAAAACACUUUAAUGACGUCAGUAACUUGAUAGCGUCGGAGAUCCUCCGGAACGAGGAGCUCAACGCGCGGGUGAGCGCCAUCGAGAAGUGGGUGGCGGUGGCGGACAUCUGCAGGUGCCUGCACAACUACAACGCGGUGCUGGAGAUCACCUCCUCCCUCAACCGCAGUGCCAUCUUCCGCCUGAAGAAAACCUGGCUCAAGGUCUCCAAGCAGACGAAGGCUCUGAUCGAUAAGCUGCAAAAGCUGGUGUCGUCAGAGGGCAGGUUCAAGAACCUGAGGGAGGCACUGAAAAAUUGUGACCCUCCGUGCGUCCCCUACCUGGGAAUGUACCUGACCGACCUGGCGUUCAUCGAGGAGGGCACCCCGAAUUACACGGAGGACGGCCUGGUGAACUUCUCCAAAAUGAGGAUGAUUUCGCACAUCAUAAGAGAGAUCCGCCAGUUCCAGCAAACCUCCUACAAGAUUGAGCACCAGCCUAAGGUGACGCAGUACCUGCUGGACCAGUCGUUUGUGAUGGACGAAGAAACCCUUUACGAAGCUUCUCUGCGAAUAGAGCCCAAACUGCCUUCUUGA